AUGAACGACGACAGAACGUCUCCCAAGAGACGACAUAUCCUUUCCUCUAUAAACCCCGAGAAUUUACCCUUCGCGCCACUCAGGAGCCGGCAUUCCGAGCGCCGCUCACGAUCAGCAACCCCACCACCGAGGUCGCCACGAAAAGAGCCAACAACUGAUGGCGGCGAACAAGAACCUGACGGUGACGACACAACGCGGCCGAGGCGCAGCCGGCUGAAGCUCAAAGGCGAGGCGUCUAGCCGUACCCAUCGCAGUCGGCGCCGCCGCUCGCGAGAACGUCCUGACGACCGUGAUCGAAAAGGGUCCCCACGUCGGCAUCGCCACCGUUCACGAGAUGGCUACGAAAACGCCGACGAAGAAAAGGAACGCUCCCGUCGUCAUCGCCAUCGGCACCGACGCCGAAGCCGCUCGCCGACACCGCCAAACCCCCACGAACCAGCACCGCUCGACCCGGAAGCAGCAUUCCGCGAGUCCCUGUUCGACGCCAUGGCCGACGACGACGGCGCGGCCUACUGGGAGGGCGUCUACGGCCAGCCGGUGCACAUUUACGAGCAAGACAAGGUCGGCCCGCAGGGCGAGCUGGAGCGCAUGACGGACGACGAGUACGCCGCCCACGUGCGCCAGCGGAUGUGGGAAAAGACGCACGCGGGCCUGCUGGAAGAGCGCGCCCGGCGCGAGGAGCGCCGCAAGAAAAAGGAGGACGAGGCCCGCCACAGCCAGAAACUGCACGAGGAGAUGGAGCGCAGCCUGCGCCGUGGCGAGGCGCGCCGCGAGAAGCGACGCUGGGCCCAGCGUUGGGAGGACUACACGACCGCGUGGGACCACUGGGACGGCGCCGUGCAGCACAUGGCGUGGCCGUGGGAGGGCGGCGGUGCCGUCGGCGCGGCCAAGCGCGCGGCGGGAUGGGGCAUCGUCGAGGACGGCGCCGAGGAGCCGGUCGACGAGGACGCGGUGCGGGCGUUUUUUGUGCACGGGCUAGCCGCAGAGGAGAUUGGCGAGGCGGCGUUUGUGGCCAGGCUCAAGGACGAGCGCGUGCGCUGGCACCCGGACAAGAUGCAGCAGCGGUUGGGCGGCACUGUAGAUGACAAGGUUAUGAGGGACGUGACGGCGAUUUUUCAAAUCAUUGAUAGGCUGUGGGCGGAUAUGCGGAAGAAGGAAUGA